GCGCUAGUGGCGGGAGGAGUAAAGAUGGCGGUGCGGCGGUCUCCGCCUUCUGCUCCCGGUUAAAGCGCUGUGGGGGGAGGCGAUAGCGGCAACCCUAGCCGCAACAGAAAUUUAGGGGUGGUAGUUUCGGCAGUAGCUGCCGAGGCCGUAGCAAUGGCGGAGCUGGAGCACCUGGGAGGGAAGCGGGCAGAGUCGGCGCGAAUGCGGCGGGCAGAGCAGCUGCGGCGCUGGCGGGGCUCGCUGACAGAGCAGGAGCCCGCGGAGCGACGAGGCGCGGGGCGGCAGCCGCUGACCAGGCGCGGUAGCCCCCGGGUCCGCUUCGAGGACGGUGCUGUCUUUCUGGCCGCCUGCUCUAGCGGGGACACCGACGAGGUGAAAAAGCUUCUGGCAAGAGGUGCCGACAUCAACACAGUCAACGUGGACGGCUUGACAGCCCUGCACCAGGCCUGUAUUGAUGAAAAUUUGGACAUGGUGAAGUUUCUGGUGGAGAACAGAGCCAAUGUAAACCAGCAAGACAAUGAGGGGUGGACGCCCCUUCAUGCAGCAGCUUCCUGUGGCUAUCUCAACAUAGCAGAGUAUUUCAUUAAUCACGGAGCCAGUGUGGGUAUUGUCAAUAGCGAAGGUGAAGUCCCCUCUGACCUUGCAGAAGAGCCAGCAAUGAAGGAUCUUCUGCUGGAGCAAGUAAAGAAACAAGGAGUCGAUCUAGAGCAGUCAAGAAAAGAAGAAGAGCAGCAGAUGUUGCAGGAUGCCCGCCAGUGGCUUAACAGUGGGAAAAUAGAGGAUGUGAGACAGCCUCGCUCAGGGGCCACAGCACUCCAUGUGGCUGCUGCCAAGGGCUACUCUGAAGUCCUCAGACUUUUAAUUCAGGCUGGAUAUGAACUCAAUGUUCAGGAUCAUGAUGGCUGGACUCCCCUCCAUGCUGCUGCACAUUGGGGAGUGAAGGAGGCUUGCUCCAUCCUGGCAGAAGCACUCUGUGACAUGGAUAUUCGAAAUAAACUGGGCCAGACACCAUUCGAUGUGGCUGAUGAGGGCCUUGUGGAGCACUUAGAGAUGCUCCAGAAGAAGCAGAAUGUGCUUCGAAGUGAAAAGGAGACACGAAAUAAACUUAUUGAGUCAGACCUGAAUAGCAAGUUGCAGAGUGGACUCUUUAAGAACAAAGAAAAGAUGCUCUAUGAGGAGGAGACACCCAAGUCCCAAGAAAUGGAGGAAGAAAAUAAGGAAUCUAGCAGCUCCAGCUCAGAGGAGGAGGAAGGUGAAGAUGAAGCCUCUGAAUCAGAAACUGAGAAGGAGGCAGAUAAAAAGCCAGAAGCCAUUGUCAACCAUUCCAACUCUGAAAACAAGAGUAGUGUCACGGAGCAGAUACCAACACCAGCUCAGAAUACUUUCUCUGCCUCCUCUGCUAGGAGAUUCUCUUCUAGCCUUUUUAACAAACCAGAAGAGCCCAAAGAUGAAUCUCCUUCUUCAUGGAGACUAGGACUCAGAAAAACUGGCAGCCACAACAUGCUAAGUGAGGUGGCCAAUUCCAGGGAAGCUCUAAGGGACCGAGGCUCUUCCAUCUACCGUUCCUCUUCAAGCCCUCGAAUUUCUGCUCUGCUGGACAACAAAGAUAAGGAGAGAGAAAACAAAAGCUAUUUGAGUUCACUAGCACCCCGAAAGCUCAACAGCACAAGUGAUAUUGAAGAAAAAGAGAACAGAGAAUCAGCUGUUAACCUAGUGAGAAGUGGCUCCUAUACCCGGCAGCUAUGGAGGGAUGAAGCAAAGGGAAAUGAAACCCCACAGACAAUUGCUCCUUCUACCUAUGUAUCAACCUAUUUGAAAAGAUCCAUCAAGAUGUGAAACUCGCAAGUUUGGUGCAGAGAAGUGCUUCAUUUGGUAGAAGUAGUGACCCCACAAGUCCCUACAUUUCAGCCAAUCGCAAUUCAUCUCCUGCUACCUCACCCAUUGCCAUUGGUUCAUCUACCUCUCAGGGCAGCCAGUGGCAACCUGCCUCUUCUUGCCCUGCACCAAUCAGUACAAACACUACUGCAUCUGUACACCAUGGCAGGAUUCCUCACAAAUCCCAGGCAGACUCAGCAGCAGAGAAAACAGCAGACAAUGUCUCUUCUAGCACCCCGCUCUGUGUGAUCACCAAUCGUCCUCCACCUAGCACUGCC